GAGCUGUUCGAGAGUGGCCGAAGCUGCUGGGAGUCCUCACGGUGUCCAGCCUCUUUUCUCCGGUUUUCCCCGGCGUGCAGGAGCAGUUUGUCGGUGAUGUGGGACGUUGCGGCCCCGCGCGGCUCCUGGCUGCUCUGCCUGGCGCUGCUGGUCUCCGCCGUCCCUCCUCUGACCGCCUGGGACGCAGAUCUGGAGCUGCUGGACCUGGUGGAGGAGAUCCCGCAGAAUUUCUAUCAGUUCCUCAACGUGGAGCAGGAUGCAUCAGCAGUGGAGAUAAAGAAAGCGUACCGCCGUCUUUCUCUUUUACUGCAUCCUGACAAGAACAAAGACGAAAAUGCUGAAACGCAGUUCAGACAGCUGGUGGCCAUUUAUGAGGUGCUGAAGGACGAUGAGAGACGGCGCAAGUAUGAUGACAUCUUGGUGAACGGACUGCCGGAUUGGCGGCAGCCAGUCUUCUACUACAGGCGGGUGAGGAAGCUGAGCAACACGGAGCUGGGCCUCCUGCUCUUCCUCAUCCUCACUGUUGGACACUACGCCGUCAUUUGGUCCAUCUACCUGGAGAAACAGCUGGAUGAGCUGCUGAGUAAGAAAAAGAAAGAGAAGAAGAAGAAAAUGAGCUCCAAACCUGCAGAGGAGCUCAGGUGUAUUGGCCAGGACCGGACGGACAGAGUUCAGGACCGCCCACACUGGCAGGACAUCCUCCCUCUGAAGCUCAGCAUCUGGAUUUACCUGUCCGCCAAAAACCUGCCUCAGACCAUCCAGGAGAUGAAGCAGUACUAUGAGGAUUACCAGCAGAUGAAGCAGCAGGAGAGGGAAGAAGCUGAAGCGGAACAGGAAGCUGCCACAAAGGAGAAGAGGCCCAAAGUCAAAAAGCCAAAGGUGGAGUUCCCCGUUUACGAGUCCUCCUCAGACAACCAGACCUACCAGAGCUAUGACACGACCGCGAGCAUCGAGGACAUCGAGGACCAAAUGGACGACUGGCUGCAGGAACGCAAAGCCGCCAAGAAGAAGGCCACAGACUGGACGGAGGACGACCUCAGCCUCCUCAGCAGGUUGAUGGUUAAAUUCCCAGGAGGCACUCCGGGCCGAUGGGAGAAAAUUGCCCACGAACUGGGCCGAUCAGUUACUGAUGUCACCACUAAAGUCAAACAGAUGAAAGACAAUGUGAGCCACACCACAGGUCUGGUGAAGCUAUCGGAGCUCAAGGCCCCGCCUCUCCCCGCUAAGUCUGCUACUGUAGACGACAGCCUGAUGACUCAGCGAGUGGCUGAGGACGACAGCAAGGAGGAAGAAGCAGCCUCAGCAGUCCGCAGGAGGAACAAGAAAAGUUCAGCAGCAACAGCAGCAGCAACAGCAGUAGCAGCAGCAGCAGCAGCAGCAGCGGAUGAUGGGGAGGCGAAGGUCAGAGGUCGUCGGCAAAAAGACUUCGACCCCAACGCGGUGGACGAGGAAGAGGAGUCGGAACGUCAGGAGAGCAAAGAGAAGGCAGACUCCGCCAUCUGGACUCAGAACCAGCAGAAGCUGCUGGAACUGGCUCUGCAGCAGUUUCCUCGAGGAACCGCAGAACGCUGGGACCGAAUCGCCAAGGUCGUGCCCGGAAAGAGCAAGGAGGAGUGCAUGAUCCGCUAUAAGAUGUUGGCCGAGCUGAUCCAAAAGAAGAAACAGGCUAAAAGCUGAUGACUCCGCCCCCUCGCUGCUGUGACAUCACACCUCCUGACAGGUUAAAGGUCAGGUGAACUGUCACAUUCUGCUGGAUCCUAAUUGGACUGAAUCGCAGCGUAUGUUUUUAUGUGUCCUACGGAGCGUCUCACCUGCUCAGGUGUCUUUUACAGACUGUGGACAGCCGUGUGACAAAAUGACGAAUCGGGACUUUACACGACACCAACGUGCAGAGUCUCGCGUUUACUUCCAUCAACCGACUGUAAUGGCUUGAGAGAUUCAGAAAACCCAUCCACCUUUGUUUUGCGUCGCCGCAGCGUAAACAGAAACCUCAUUUCAUCACAUGGCUGUCGUUUCUGACAUGAUGUGUCAAAGGAAGCAUGUCACGUGACCUCUGACCUCUCAGUUUCAUGUGCCUUAGCUCCGUUCAGCAUGCUGCCAAUCAACGUGUUCAAUGAUCAAUAAACAGUAUUUAUU